AUGGAAGCGUGUUGGAAAUAUGGCAUGUUUUUUUGCAACAGUUUCAUGAUUAUUGGAGCUUAUUAUUUCAUGGAACUUCCGGUUGGUCUACAAAACGAGAUUAUGAAUAGCCGUUUUUCUUAUAUGGGAUCUAACAACACCAGCAAUAGGACAGACUGUAAAUUAUGUCUUGGUUUUGGAGAGGUCCGGUACAAUGUAUUAUUUGCUAUCUCUAGAUGGACUUCUGCCGUCCUGUGUCUUCCUUUAGGUUUCCUGAUAGACAAACUUGGAAAUGGACGUUCUGCAAUACUGUUCAGUUUAACGCCACUAAUAGGCUCAAUACUGUUCGCCCUGGGAGCCAUGUCUCACACCCCUGUGACUACGCCUACCUACAUACUGAUGGUGGUAGGAUAUGGCUUGUUAGCGUUUGCGUACGGAACUCUGCGGUUUGUAAAGGCCAGAGUGAUAGCCCAUUGUUUUCCAGACUCCACAUUUAUCGGCAUAGCGUUCAGUUCACUUGGAUAUACCGGGCAAGCUAUGAGUCUCUACUUGUCGCCUUAUGUUGCAGUACACGUAGGGGCAAUAGCUGCCGCGUGGUUAGCAACAGCAGCCUGUGGAUUUGGAGUUUUGUGUGCUGUUGGUUUGGCUCUACUUCUCAAACAUCAAGUACCAAAGAUGUCUACUGAUUCUGAAUACAACAAAAUGUUGACUCUGAGCGAUUUAAGGGCACUACCGGGAUCGUACUGGUUCUUUAUAAUGACUACAGCGUUUUCGUCAGCCUGUUGGACUGUUAAACAAGCCAAUUUACCAGAUUACUUGGUAUUACGACAUGGUUACACAAUGGAAGAAGCUAGUCAUAUAACUGGUAUACCUUCAAUCAUGAAUUUACUGACACCUUUCUUAUGUAUCCUACUGAGGAAGGUCGACUCUGAUGGACUCAUGAACACGGGAUUUCUAGCGUGGUUACUGAUUUUCUAUGCCUUACUGGGAUUCUGUCCGGCUCUCAACGUUUAUGUCAUAGCCAUUGCAGACGGGUUUGGAGUUACAAUGUCUGGGGUAAUGAUGUGGCAGGUUCUCUUGGAUCUUAGUCCCGCGUCUCACGUAGGCACUUUGGGUGGGUUGAUGUUUUUAUUCAGGAGUUCGUGUACAGCAUUGAUCUUCGUUGUCUCGGGAUAUAUUCUGAAGAGACAUCAAGUGCUGGAGUUAAAUGAAGCACUUCUUGGCUAUCAGAAUUUGUUUAUCUUGCUGGUAACCUUGUCGUCCAUCGGGGUGAUAAGUGGAGUAUUGAUGAACAUACUGGAUUUCCGAAAGGACUGCGCUUUGAAUUCCACAAUAAGAGGAUGGAGACAAUCUAAUAUCGAAGCUAUAGGAUUAAUGUCGAUGAUUCAACCGUCCAGCAAAUACAGUGGUAUUGACAACAUUAAUAACGAUACCUUGAAUGAUGACACAUCCUCUCGAAAUUCAACAAAGUCAAAUGACGAAUAA